GAAGCAGGCAAAGCAGGAUAGAGCAAUCAUUCUCACAACACAUUCCAUGGAAGAAGCUGAAACUCUUUGCGACAGGCUAUGUAUCAUGGUCGAUGGAAGCCUGCAGUGCAUAGGCACGCCCAAAGAGCUCAUAGCUAGAUAUGGAGGCUACUAUGUGCUGACGAUGACGACACCGCCCGAGUUCGAACAAGAGGUCGAAAAUCUGGUGCGCAAGCUCUCACCAAGCGCCAGGAAGGUGUACAAUCUGUCGGGGACGCAGAAGUACGAGCUGCUGAAGCAGGAGGUGAGGAUCGCUGAUGUGUUCAUGGCCGUGGAGAGCUUCAAGAAGAGGGUGGAGGUCCAGGCCUGGGGCCUCGCGGACACCACCAUGGAGGACGUGUUCGUCAAGGUCGCCAAAGGGGCGCAGCUCAGCGAAGAGCUCUCGUAGUCGGAUGCAGACCGGUGCAAGGGUAGGGGUCUGGCCCUGCUGGUGAUGUACUGAUGUUUGCUGUACAACAUGCAUGCAUUCUUAGUUUGAUUUGCUCACUUUUAUACUCCUUUCAUUCUAAAUUAUUAGUCGUUUUAGCUUUUUAAGGUGCAUAGAUUUUACGAUGCAUCUAAAUAAAUAUUAUGUCUAGAUAUCAUUGCGAAACC